AUGUUGCCGAUCGGCUGGGGUGGUUACGCAAAAGAUGCUAACACUUACUUCUUCAUAUGCGCAUUCCGCGAGAUGACUGGAGAAGUACCUGGCGAGGCAUCCACCGCAGUCGACCACAGUGAAGAAUCUCACGGUAGAUCAAGUAAAGAGCUUCAACGCAUUAGCGACUUCACUGGCCAGAUCGCCCGCCUGCACAAAACCGCGCUUUCCCCAACAGGGAAAUUCGGCUUUCCCGUCACGACAUAUGGGGGCAGACUUCCUCAAGACACCACCUUUUGCGAUAGUUGGGAAGAGAGCUUUACACGUGGCAUACAGCGGAUGUUCGAUCUCGAAGAAUUACAGCAUGGCCACGACAAAGACAUGGUACAGCUGCGCGCAUAUAUCGUGGAUAAAGCGAUACCGCGGUUACUGAGGCCUCUAGAGACCGAAGGCAGGAGCAUUUCAGCAUGCUUGGUACAUGGCGAUCUAUGGGACGGCAAUACCGGAGUCGACAGAAACACGCGGAAGCCAGUGAUCUUCGAUGCGUGCUCGUCGUAUGCGCAUCACGAGUAUGAUCUAGCUCCCUGGCGACUCAAGCGCCACAAGAUCAGUGGAGCCUACAUAGCCGAAUACCUCAAACACUACCCGGCGUCAGAGCCUAAAGAGGACUUCGAACACAGGAACGCUCUGUAUUGCAUUGUCAAGGAUGAGAUGAAGGCGCUCUUGUGGAGCCUUUUCGGCGAUCUCGAACAUGCGAAGGUGUGGCAGGAUACUGCAGUCACGGGACGGAGUGAUCGACCGAGCAAGUUGUGA